AUGAAGAUUCUCUGCUUGCAUGGACGAGGAUCCAAUAAUGAGAUCUUCCAAGCUCAAACUGCCGCAUUGCGCAGCUUGUUGGACGACUAUACCUUCGAUUUUGUGCAAGGAACCGAGCUUCAUACCGAAGGUAAUUGGUCGGUAUACACUACACAGUUCUCCAACCUGCCUCAGUAUGCCUAUUAUAACCCUCUGGUUCCAUCCUCCGUCGUAGAGGCGGAAGAGCAUCUGCUGGAUCUCAUCGAGGAGGAGGGGGGAUUUGAUGGCGUGUUGGGCUACUCAGGAGGAGCUGCGUUUGCAGCUCAGGCGAUAAUCCGACAUAGUCAGCGAGGCGCAAGCGAGCCGCUGUUUCGAUUUGCCAUAUUCAUAAACGGAGGAACACCCAUCAAGGCUUUCUCCCUGACUGAAGAGAAAGUCGUGCAGGACGCGGCCGACACUACGGCCCUAAGCAAAGAAUUACAGGCAACCUACUUGAGACCUUCCAACAUGCGAGUGCGCAAGGGUGAUAGCAGAGAAGCAGCAGAGAAAGCCAUUGAGUCUCGGAAGAGGGAAAUCAGGGCGGUGCAAACAGGUGUACUGGCUGAUGGAAGACAUUUCCUCACGGAAGACGGAAAGCUCGCAUUGACGAGGUAUGGAGGCGCGGAGGACGGUGUGCUUAUUGACAUCCCAACAUUGCACGUUCGGUGUCCAGAAGAGACUGAUGCCGAUCUGGGACUCAAUUUGCUCAAGCUCUGCAAGCCUGACUUGGUUCGAGAGCACCAUCAUCCCUUUGGACACGAUUUCCCAAGAGGACAAGAUGAGAUGCGAAAAAUCGCAGAAAAGAUCACCGAGUUGGCCGAAUCAGCAUAG